AUGGAUGGCGACAGCGGUGUGUGUCUGGACCUGAGCUUUAACAGGGAGCUGGUCUACAGGACUGAGGCCAAGGAGCCCCCCCCCAGGCUCCCCGGGGCCCGACCCCCACCAUCAGCAACAAGCCGUCCUCACAGGGCCAGAGAACAACCUGGCUCCCUCCCGCAGACCCUUACCCCAUCCAGCCUGAGCCCCAUGGGCCUCACUAACGGCCACAAGAUGGGCAUGCCUCUGAUGGCCCCCCCCCCCACCUCCCAGCACCAGGUGGGCAUGGACUCGUUCCAAAGCGACGGCUCCCAGAUGCACCAGCCUGUCAUGUACAACCUGGGUCACCUGCUGGGGGGGCUGAGCCAUCAGAACGGCCUCCCACACGCACAACCCCUCCCCCUGUCGCCGCUGGAGGCCUUACGGGUGGUGCGAGGGGACGGGGAGGGGGGUGCGUUGCCCGGGGCGGUGUACCCCUGCGGCCACUGCAGGGUGAUCUUCCUGGACUACGUCAUGUUCACCAUCCACAUGGGCUGCCACGGCUUCAGGGACCCGCUGGAGUGCAACGUGUGUGGCCACCGCAGCCGGGACCGUUACGAGUUCUCCUCCCACAUAGCCCGCGGGGAGCACCGCCUCGAACUCAAGUAGCUGUCAUUCACACGCUUACACACACACACGCUCUGACAGAUAACCAUGUACUAGCACACCCAGAUUUACUCAUAUUAGUAGCUGGUAGUAUGAGGAAUGAAAGCAUGACGUAGCAUCUCUCUGUCUCUCGGUGUGAGACAGAUUUGAGAGAGACGUUAUAGGUUUGUAACGGGUGUCAGAAUUUCCUUUGUCCUACCGUACUCAUCUGAAAAGAUGAUCUGUAAAUGUUUACGUAGGAGGAAUUCUAACCAUACAUUUUUAUAUAUUUGUACUUAUUGAUUCCUGCUGUAGCCAUAUAUACAUUUAACAAAGUAGCAAAAAAGAAUGCAUUUAUUGUUUAUCUGCUGUUGUUUUCUCCUGUUAUUUGUGUUAAGGUGUAAAGCAAUAAAAGAUAACCUCUCUUUCCCUUCAUCAAACAGAGACCUGCGA